AUGUCUGACGCCUCUUCACCUCAGCGGCAGGCUCGCCCUAAUGAGGACGGUUCUGAUAUCGAUGACCAACCGUUCGAGGAUGAAUCUGCCGCAAUCUUAGGCGAUGAAGAAGUACAAGAAGAAAGUGAAGGUGAAGACCUAUUUCGCGAUGAUAUGGAACGCGACUACCGGCCCAUACCAGAGCUUGAUGUUUAUGAGCCAGAAGGCCUAGCCAGUACCGAGGACUUUUCAAGUAUGUCUCCAACGGCUCGAGCGGAAGCGGAACGUGAGAUGCGACAGCGAGACCGCGCUGAGGCUUUGGCAACGGGUGGUCUAAGACGUGGACUUGUCGCUGAUUUAUAUGGUGAUGAAGAGGAAGAUGAAGUUCCCCUCAGACGCCGGAGACUAGCUGAGCGUGUGGCUGCUGGGUUGGAUGGUGAGGGUUCUGGUGACCUCGCCGAGGCCCUAGAAAGUAUUGAGAACCUUGAAGACAUGCAUGGCAUGACCAUUAAUGAGUGGGUUCAGCAACCUGCCACACGCCAGGAAAUAAAAAAUCGCUUUAAGUCAUUUCUCCGAACAUUCUUAGACGAAAGUGGUAUUAACGUUUAUGCCGAGCGUAUUGUUCAGAUGGCUCGUGAGAAUAGACAAAGUCUUUCCGUCGAUUACCAGCAUUUAGCCGCAGCUGAGCAAGUCCUCGCUUAUUUUCUACCAGAGGCUCCUUUCCACGUUCUCGAAAUCUUUAAUGAAGGUGCAUUGGAGAUAACCCUUGCAAGGUAUCCUCGGUACGACAGGAUAAGUAGUCAUGUUAACGUGCGCAUUGUUGAUCUACCGUUGAUUGAGGAUUUGAGGAGCCUACGCCAUCUGCAUUUGAACCAACUGGUACGCACUGGAGGAGUCGUAACAAGUUCAACAAGCGUCAUGCCACAGUUGAGCUUGGUUAAGUACAACUGUAUGAAGUGCUCCUGUGUUUUGGGGCCAUUCGUCCAAAGUCAAACCUCAGGGGAGUUUAGGCCCUCCACGUGUCCAGACUGCCAAUCUAGUGGACCAUUUGAGAUUAAUGUUGAACAGACUGUUUACAAGAACUACCAAAGAAUAACCAUCCAGGAAAGCCCUGGAAAGGUCCCUCCUGGACGCCUUCCACGGUCAAAAGAUGCCAUUCUGCUCGAUGACUUAGUUGACAGCUGUAAACCUGGUGAUGAGAUCGAGCUUACUGGCAUAUACACUAAUAGCUAUAGUGGAUCCCUUAAUAUCCAAACAGGGUUUCCUGUAUUUUCAACGGUCAUACACGCAAAUAAUAUUAUUCGCAAAGAAGAUAAACUUGUUCUCGGAAGUCUUACUGACGAAGACGUUAAAACAAUUGUAAAGUUGUCUCGUGACGAGCGCAUUUCCGAACGCAUUUUUGCUAGUAUCGCCCCAAGCAUUUACGGUCACGAAGAUAUAAAGCGUGGCAUUGCACUUGCCCUGUUUGGCGGUGAACCUAAAAACCCCGGGGAGAAACACAAGAUUCGAGGUGACAUCAACGUUCUACUUUGUGGUGAUCCAGGAACCGCCAAGUCACAGUUCUUAAAAUAUGUGGAGCAAAUUGCACCGCGUUGCGUUUUUACCACGGGUCAAGGUGCUAGUGCCGUAGGCCUGACUGCCUAUGUAACCCGUAACCCCAUGACGAAGGAGUGGACUCUCGAAGCCGGCGCCUUGGUGCUUUCUGACAAAGGCGUGUGUCUAAUAGACGAAUUCGACAAGAUGAACGACCAGGACAGGACUUCAAUCCACGAGGCUAUGGAACAGCAGAGUAUCUCGAUUAGCAAAGCUGGAAUUGUUACGAGUCUUCAGGCGCGUUGCUCAGUGAUUGCAGCGGCUAACCCUAUUGGAGGUCGCUACGAUCCAAGUUUAACUUUUGCAGACAACGUCGAUUUAAGUGAACCAAUCCUUAGUCGAUUCGACGUGCUUUGUGUUGUACGUGAUACCGUCGAUUCGGUACAGGAUGAAAUGUUAGCGAGGUUCGUGGUUGGAAGCCACAUGCGGCAUCAUCCGAACUUGAGCGUUGAGGAAAAAGAACAACUGGUUGAACAGCUCUCCAAUUUGGGGGCAACCACUGCAAGCGGGGACGCGAACUCGUGUGACCGGCAGCCACUACCACAGGAGCUGCUAAAGAAGUACAUUGUCUAUGCAAAGGAUCGAGUUCAUCCGAAAUUAAAUCAGAUGGACCAGGACAAGGUCGCUAAGGCGUACGCGGACCUGCGUCGUGAAUCUAUGGCCACGGGCAGCAUUCCAAUCACCGUGCGUCACAUCGAGUCUGUCGUCCGCCUUUCCGAAGCUCAUGCACGCAUGCACCUUCGGGAAUAUGUGAAUGAAGACGAUGUCAAUGUUGCCCUCCGAAUUGUUCUCGAGUCUUUUGUGUCGACCCAGAAAUACGGUAUCAUGAAGACUAUGAGACAGAAAUUUUCUCGUUUCCUGAGUUAUCGUCUCGACAAUCAAGAGUUGCUGCUGUUCCUGUUGAAGCAACUCGUGCAUGAACGCGCCACUUUCGAGCGCUCGCGUCACGCCGACGAGCAAACGUGGCAGAUCGAGGUGCCUGAGUCUGAAUUAACUGAUCGGGCGCGUCAGGUUAAUAUCCCGUCGGUGCGCGCCUUCCUCACCAGCGAGCUCUUCACUGCCCACCGUUUCACCUACGAUGCUGGGCGAAAAGUGAUCAUACAUACUAUCUAG